ACUAAGUAAUGUACAAGAGAACGGAGAUAUCCGAAAUGCCUUUUUCAUUUUACAUAAUUACGCUUAUAAUCUCUUCUCGCUUCACAUUAUCGUUAUUUUUUUUUAUCUCGUUUGAUAAAUAUUGGAUUGAAUUUCCAAGAGAUUGUUCGAGAGAAUUGUGAGAGAACAAUAGCUUUGACGACAAUAGCUGUUCUAUUUGUGGAGAACAGAUCGAUGCGACAGGGGUGGAUUAUGUAUGCCGCUAUGAGCGGAAGCGCAUCCACGAGCCGCUUCUGGCCGUUGCCUGGACUCGCGCGUAUCCCUGGAUCGAGAUUGUUGACAUCGACCAAGAAGACGCUCGAGAUGAAGAAAGUAGCGGCGGAAAUCGCGGAAGUUGCAGAGUGUAAAACACCUGACAAAAAGGCAAAAAUCGUGCCGAGGCUACAAACAGUACGCGUAUAUCGAUGGAAUCCGGAAACACCGGACGUGAAACCGUACAUGCAGCAGUUCAGCAUAGACCUGAACAAGUGCGGCACGAUGGUGUUAGACGUGUUAAUAUUGAUCAAGGCGCAGCACGAUCCAACAUUAUCCUUCCGAAGGUCCUGUCGCGAGGGCAUCUGUGGAUGCUGCGGGAUGAAUAUAAACGGCGUGAACACCUUGGCUUGCAUAACAAAAGUAAAGGAAUCUCCGAAGCCAUUGGUGAUCUAUCCUCUACCGCACGCAUACGUGAUUCGAGAUUUGGUACCCGACAUGGAACAAUUCCUGGAACAAUUUCGGAAAAUCGAUCCGUAUUUAAAGCGGCCGGGCGAAGACGAAUUUCUUGGUAUGCGACAAAUCUUGCAAAGUCCGAGGGACAGGGAAAAACUCGAUGGCUUCUACGAAUGUGUGAUGUGCGCAUGUUGCACGUACUCAUGUCCUCCUUACUGGUGGCUCGGUGACAAGUAUCUGGGACCUGCGGUGCUACUGCAAGCGUACAGAUGGGUGAUAGAUUCGCGAGAUAUGGCACAUAAAGAAAGACUGGCGAAGCUGCAGGAUUUCUAUUCGGUUUUUCGAUGCAAAACGAUUUUCAAUUGCACCAAAACAUGUCCAAAAGGUCUGAAUCCGGCAAAGGCGAUCGUGCAACUGAAACGUUUACUGGCCGGAUUUGCAAAAAAAGAGAAACCAGAUCUCGAUACACCACUUCCGAAUCCUUGUGGCGGGGAAGAGCAAUAUCCAUGCAGAAAGGAAUAAAAAAAAAUAGGGUACAAUUCGCGAGACACUCCUCUUUAUUAUAUAAUGUUCAUCACUUGGAAUAAAGAGUUUUGCAUAAGU